CAGCCUUGACAGCACUCUUCGGCCUGCUCAAAUAUACAGUCCCUGAAGAAGAAAGUACUCCGUGUAUAUCUCGCCCGCCCCGAUGCUUGACCACACUACGCUGGCGUCACCGAUUGACGAUAUACCCCUUCUGCAACUCGCAGAGUGGCUGCAAGCGAGGCUCGCUAGAGAGGUGGGCACGAUGAGUCGGUCUGUACUGGAGCAAGUUGCGUCGUCGUACAAAGCAGUCUACCUGGAAGCGCAGUACGCGCUGGACGCGACCUAUCGCUUGUCUCCUGAGGUCCUUGGACUCAUAUUCCGAUACGUCCCUGGGACGCCGCUCAACGAUCUCACAGACCAGUCGAUCGGAGGUCGUCCUCUCUGUUUCAAAGAUCAUGAUCUCGUUCGGUCGAGAGACGUGGUCCCCCUCACGCACGUAUGCCGGCGCUGGAGAGCGAUCACAAUAGGUUUGCCAGAGCUGUGGACUACUAUCGACGGGACGAAGCAGAUACCGUACGAUGUCCAAGCGAUGCGUUCUAGGACGCGGCCGCUGAAGGUGUUCAUUCACUCAUACCUUCGUUCGGAAUUCCGGAGGUGGCUACGCACGCACGCAAGCGACGUACAGGAGUUCCACUACAUAUAUGCCGCCAACGCAGAUCGCUAUGCCGUUUUGAUGACAGAUUAUCCCAACGUUCGCGCGGCUACCCUCGUGGACAACAACAUCCGUAUACGCGAUACGCAAUGCGAACUAUUCGGGGGCUCAACGUCAUUACGGUCGCUCUGUAUGCAGGGGAUCAGCUGGCUACCCACAAAUCACUUCCCCCAUCUCACUCGGCUCUAUCUAGGGAAUCAGCCUGAGCAUGGGACUGGCAGCAUGGCCGAAUUCGCGGCUUUCCUGGCAAGAUGUCCAAACCUCGUCGACUUGAUCCUGCUCCAUUGGCAUUUUGGACAGGUUACUUUGACCCCUGAAAUUGGUAGCGCGCAAUUACCGCAGCUUCGACGCUUGACGUUGCAAGGUUUCCACCAAGGCGAAAUCAUGAUAUUCUUGUCUCACAUCUAUGUGCCCGCUGACGCUGCGCUAUGUGUGCGGAUGAUGCAUAACCCAGUGGACCUUCUCGACGUGGUUGCCGUAUCUUCAUUCCCCGCUCUCGAAUCAUGCAAUAGGGUCCAGAUUAUCAAGUCGGCGAGUGUCUUCUCUAUGACAGCGUUGGGCCACACAUCUGGAGUAUAUAUCCAGAAGUUCGACAUCAAGGACGAACUGCCGCCCAGAGGUGGGAAACUGGCAAAAAUAAUCCCUCUGCCUCAUCUUGAAGAGCUAUGGCUUGUGGAGAGGCAGAGUUGCGAGCCGAUGCCCUCUGAGGUGCUGCGGGACCUUCUUCGCCCAAUCCGCGCGUUACGGAAGUUGGUCAUCACGAGCGAAGGCCUCCCUGAACUGAACCAUGUUCUCCGAUUCACCAACAUCGAUGCCACCGCUCGCCAUCCCCCCAUACAUGAAAUCCACAUCCUGGUGAACUCACCGCCAAAGAAUAGCCGCAUCGUAGUCAAGUGCAUGAAGGACUUCAAAGCGGCCAAAAUAGCAAAAGUCGUGAUUGUAAUCCCCAAGGACUAUCCUGCCGUAUAUGAGCCUGCCCUGGCCGUCGCGGGUUUCGAUUUUGUCGAACUCCGGAGAACUCGAGCUAUGCCGUGUAUAGAAUUGCCGUCGGUGUGCGCGACGCGGUCAGAGCUGUGGCCUUCGUGGGACAAUUUCCUGACUCUGGCAUGAUCCUAACAGCGCGGAGCUGGGGAGACGGGAGUUACGGAUGACGAUGUGCGCUAGAGAAUAGACUUGUGAUCG